AUGUCCUUUCCCCUCAGCCAGCCGACAACCCGCUCCCUAACGGGCGGCGACCUCCUCGCCCAAUCCCUCAAACACAUAGGGGUCGAGGUCGCCUUCGGCUUACACGGCGGCCACCUGGACGCCUUCCUCAUGGGCUGCGAGACGGUCGGGAUCCGUCUUAUAGAUACGCGCCACGAGACAGCCGCCGUGCAGGCUGCGGAGGGGUAUGCGAAGAUCAAGGGGAAACUGGGCGUUUGUUUCGUCACGGCGAAUAGUGGUUUCUCAAACGGCAUCCCCGGCCUCGCAACCGCACUCGCAGAUCGCUCGCCGAUUUUGUGCAUCACCUCGUCACCACCGCUGCGCGACGCGGAGAAUAACUCGCUACAGGGGAUCAUCGAUCAGGUCGUGGCGUCGCGCCCAUUGACCAAGUUUGCGCAUCGCGUUACGAAUGCGGAGGAUGCACCGAGGAUUGUCUCGCUUGCUGUGAGGACGGCGUUGGCGGGGGCGCCUGGCCCGGUCUUGUUGGACUUUCCUAUCGACGUGCUGUUCUCGCCUGUGCAUGAGAAGUUGAUCUCCUGGGGUUCGAUCUCGUCUCCCCUGUUAUAUGCACCAGGGCCACAUGUUGAGGCUGUCAAGAAGGCCGUUGAGCUGAUUCAGGCUGCGAGUCGACCGGCUGUAAUUAUUGGUAGUGGAGCGCAGUCGAAGGAGACAAUAUCCCACAUCCUCACCCUCUCCCAGACCACGGGCAUUCCAGUGUUCGACACGCAAAAGUGUACCUUAUCCUCAACCCUGGCUAUAGAAUGCAAGACCUACGGCGGCGGCGCCGAGAAGCUCGGUCUCCUCCCUGUUCUCGGCAAACCGCAGCCAGAUCUAGUUCUGCUUCUCGGGGCGCGAACGGGCAUGUUCCUCGCCGGCCGCAGCGGUGCACUCAUUCCACCAGCGGAGAAAUGCAAGCUCGUUCAGGUCGAUGUCGAUGGGACGGAGAUUGGACGGACGCUACCUGUUGAGCUGGGAGUUAUCUCAGACGUUGCACAGUUCCUUGACGCCGUUAACCGCCAUCUAUCCUCCUCUACCUCGCAUACAUCAAAUAGGAUAGACAAGGAAUGGGUCUCGGCAGUAACCAGGAUCCAAUCCCUCCCCUCCCCCUUCGCCUCCGACGCCCCCCAAAACCCCUCCGGCCUAAUGCACCCCUACCACGCCCUGCAAACGCUCUUCACGCACCUCCCCAAAAAUCCAAUCCUCGUCACCGACGGCGGCGAAUGCGCCCUCUGGGCACGCGACACCGCGCACCUCUGCUCCCCAUCAUCAAUCCUCAAAUCCACCGGCGCCCUCGGCUUCCUCGGAAACGGCUUCGGCUACGCACUCGGCGCCGCCGUCGCUUCCCCAGAUCGCACGGUGAUAAACCUACAUGGCGACGGGAGCGCGGGAUUCCAUUUCAUGGAGCUCGAUACGUACGCGCGCCUCGGGCUCGAUGUCAUCACUGUCAUUGUGAAUAAUCACUGCUGGGGGAUGAGUUCGAACGGCCAGGAACUGGUGUAUGGCGAGAAAAAUCCAAAACGGGUUAUUAGUGAGCUCUCGCCGGGGACGAGGUAUGAUGUUGUCGCAGGGGGUUUGGGGAAUCGGGCUGUUCGAGUUGAGAAGGUGGAGGAUAUACCCAGGGCCGUUGAGGGGUUGGUAAGUGCUGAGAAGGGACAAGGGCAGGAGAGGAGGGCGAAGUGCAUUGAGCUGGUGGUAGACCGUAAGCCGACCCAUCCCGUUACGGAGGUCAUGGUUGGGCAGACGGAGGAUGAAGGGGUUGUUGUUGUGCCGUAUUAUGAUAAUAUUCCAAGGGCUUAUUAUAAGUAG